AAGCAGCAGCUUCAGUUUGAGCUGCUAGGUCUCCAGCAUAUCUCCAUUUAUCUUCCUUGUGUUGCUUUUCACAGCUUUUGUCUGCUUUCUUAUAUGCCUCCUUUGCCUUUUCCAGGAGUUCUUUGGUCUUAGCAUUCUGCAGUUUUCUGUUCAGUACUUUUCUUUUCUCUAUGAGAGGCCAGAUUUCUUGGUUUAUCCACUUCUUCCUUUGUCUAUUUUGAUAUCCAGUUGUGACGGCUGCAGCUUGAAUCACACUGUCUCUGAGCACUGACCAUUCUCCCUCAGAACCAAGCUGUAUCUCACCUUUCUCUGCCUCUGGCAAUGUCUCAGAUCUGCCCCUUAUUUCCCAUUGGGAUUUCUCACAGUACUCCUUUGUUUUCAGUUUUAUACUCUUAAUGUUCUCUACCACCUUCUGGUUAAAGCUGAUCGUCUCAAUUUUAAUUUCAGGUUAGCAGUGGAAAGGUUGUGGUCACUGCGGAAUAUCUACAGCGUAAUAGGACCUCAUUCUGGGACAGGUGACCUGAUGCUCAAGCUAAUGCAGAUGCGCUCCAUCUUGAGUGUUCAUUUUGCCAUCCGGUGAAUUCCAUCCAUGGUUCUUUGUGUGGGAACAGGUUACUUGCAGGAAUGAGUGAAACAGUGGAGUUUGGUGUUCCUCAGCAGGUGGCUCUCACAUCCCAGCAUAGCUCCGAGCCAGUUCUUCAUCUGAAAGAAAAUCUUAGCUGGGAAUGCGCCAGCCACACCUGCUCCCGGUGCCAAGACUUCUCAUCUCUCACUAGGCCAUUUGCAAGGUUACCAGGGUUCAUCCCAUCUCCUGGGCACCCCUCCUGGAAAAGACCCACAAGAUGGAAUAGAGAAUGGAAACCUUCCCACAGCUGUGCUGGGUGCCCUGGAGGAACAAGGCCAUUUCUUCUAACGUCUCCCAGAGCGAGGCGGCCUGCAACCAGGAGACCAUGGCAGACAAGCUAAAGGACACAGGCACGCUUGGCUUCCUGGAGGCAGCUGUGAAGAUCAGCCACACCUCGCCGGAUAUCCCAGCCGAGGUCCAGAUGUCCAUGAAAGACCAUAUCAUGCGGCAUGCACGGCUACAGAGGCAGACGACAGAGCCGGCAUCGUCCACCAGGCACAUUUCCUUCAAGAGGCACCUGCCUCGGCAGAUGCACGUGUCCAGCAUGGACUAUGGCACAGACCCGCCCCUUGAGGCCGAACAGCCAACCAGCAUCGGCAGGAUUAAACCAGAGCUUUAUAAGCAAAAGUCUGUGGACUCCGAGGACCCGGAGAAGGAGGCGGCAAAAACCUGUGGGAAAAUAAACUUCACCCUCAAAUAUGACUAUGAGAACGAGACGCUGAUUGUGCGGAUCCUCAAGGCCUUUGACCUGCCGGCCAAGGAUUUCUGCGGUAGCUCAGACCCCUACGUCAAGAUCUACCUCCUGCCGGACAGGAAGCGCAAGUUCCAGACGCGAGUCCACAGGAAGACUCUGAACCCCACCUUCGAUGAGUCCUUUCACUUCCCUGUGCCCUAUGAGGAGCUGACUAGCAGGAAACUCCACCUGAGUGUCUUCGACUUCGACAGGUUCUCCAGGCAUGACAUGAUAGGGGAGGUUAUCUUGGAGAACCUGUUUGAGGCCUCGGACAUUUCCCGGGAAACCUCCAUCUGGAAGGACAUUCAGUACGCGACAACUGAAAGCGUGGACCUGGGAGAGAUCAUGUUUUCCCUUUGUUAUUUACCAACUGCAGGUCGCCUCACCUUAACAGUCAUUAAAUGCAGGAAUCUUAAAGCUAUGGAUAUUACUGGCUACUCAGAUCCGUAUGUCAAGGUGUCUCUGGUCUGUGAUGGGCGGAGGCUGAAAAAGAAGAAAACCACCAUUAAGAAAAACACUCUUAAUCCUACCUACAAUGAGGCAAUAAUCUUCGACAUUCCCCCAGAGAACAUGGAUCAAGUUAGCCUUCUUAUCUCCGUCAUGGAUUAUGAUAGAGUUGGUCAUAAUGAGAUCAUUGGAGGCUGCCGUGUGGGGAUCAAUGCUGAGGGACUGGGCCGAGACCACUGGAACGAGAUGUUGGCAUACCCUCGCAAACCGAUCGCACACUGGCAUCCAUUAGUGGAGGUGAAGAAAUCCUUCAAGGAGUGGCAAGGCCGAGCAGCCAGCUUCGACAGCCAAGGCUCGUGUCCAUCUCCUAAGCCACCUCCCACACCAUGAGCCACCGAAGCAGUGGACUUAGAAUGGGACUAAACAAAGUUCUUUUGCACUUGUCCUACACAGUCUGAACAACUUGUUGUUGAGUGGCACCGGCGAGGCGCUCCAGGCCUAGUUGUUCCGAUGUAGGUAAAGGCAGAAGAAAUGCUUUGUGGUCAAAUUUGUCUUGGUUUGUUAUGUCUCCCAAGGUGAUGAUGUUUGUGGCUUUCAUUUUAUGGGUCUGCUGUCAGAGGAAGAAGAUGGAACGAAACAUGAGCUGGAAGGUUGGUCUUUAAAAUAACCUGUACAAUGCUGGACCAGUAGCAGAGACCUUCUCAGCCUCUAUGAACACCGAUGACCUGCCCCAGGGAAGAGGCAUGGGGAGAAGCAUGCGGCUGCAUUUUCUGCCUCUGAUUGGAACUGUAUAAAUAGAAGCCUUGAUUAGACUUCGUGUGACCAGCUCUUUAUUAUUGUGAUCAAUCUGAAUUCAGCCACAUGUUUACAGGUUUCUUAUUCAUGUAGAAAUGUUCAUGAGCCUUUCAAAGUUUAUGCUGUGUGUACCCCAAACUUCCUUCUGUGACGUAUUAAAGAUUUGUUGAUUCCUCAGGGAAAACGAUCCAUUUUCUGUAUCUGUAUUCUCCCUAUGGCCAUUUGCAUGAACAGUUACUUAAGAUCUUGUCUGUGCCUGUUGCUCAUUCCUCUGUGACAUCACUUGUCUGAUGUGGAGUGAAGAGGACUGUAUUGACACAAGCAGGGUUCUCAUGUGAGGUGGGAAAUGGGUUAUAGGAGCAGGUGAAAGUCUUGCAUGAACACUAGAUCUUUAUUUUAUAAAUAGUCCUAGUAGUACAGCGUGAGAGAAUACAGGGGAGCACAAAACAUAAACAAGUGGGUUUACAAAAAAAAAAUUUUUAAGCUUUUAAACUAGGGCUGUCAAACAAUUUAAAAAAAAUCACAAUUCAUCAUGAAAUUAAAAAAAAAAGUUGUGAAUAAUUGCCAUUUUAAUUGCACUGUUAAACAAUACUAGAAUACCAAUUGAAAUUCAGCAUGGAAGCAUGUCCUCUGGAAUGGAGGUGAAGCACAAACAGGUAUACAAAUGUGUAGCAUAUUGGGCACAUAAAUAUCUUGCAACGUUAGCUACAACAGUGCCAUGUGAAUGCCUGUUCUCACUUUCUGGUGACAAUGCUGCCUGCUU